AUGAGUCUCAGCAAGCUGGGCGUUUUCGCAAACCUGGCGCUGGCAGCCAGCGCUGUUCUUCUACCACCUACUAUUACCGCGGCGGAUCUGGAGGAUGACCACGUCUUUGAGGGACUCGUGGUUGAUCCAUUUGCGCGCUCGGCGGCCUUGGAAUGUCCGACUUGCGCCGUAGCAUCGUGGGACCCUGAACAGGACAAGAUGUCUUGGAAGGAGAAUGCGGGAAACACUUUCCACGUCCAAUUCCAGAUUGGUGGUGACAAAGACACCCUCAAGACGAACGACUACCAGCUAUUCCCACCGAGUAUGAACCAAGGCUUCCCGUCAUUCUAUGUCGUCCAGAAUGACCCCGUCACCGAGGAACCUAUGCGCCUUCUGGUCACCAGCUACACAUUCCGCUACAAUGGCGCCCAGACGGUGUCGGAAGAGGGCACCGAGCUCCUUCCCAUGACGAUGCAGAUCUCGUCAGUCGAAGGCGUGGAUGUCAACCCACCCGUCCUCACCAUCAACGUCCUCAAGGACACCAGCGGCCGCCUCAUGAUCGCAUCCUUCGACACCACGGAAGUCUCCGACGCGCCGCUUGAGGAGGCCCUAUCGCAAGACACAAACUGCAACGAGUGGCCGCUCCUGUGCAAGUGGAAGGGCAUCGUUGCCGAGCGCAUCGAGAAGAUGAAGAAGAUGGGCAAGGGCUGCCACAAGCGACCCCACAACCCGAUGGCGGAGGAGACCUUCCACGGCAAGCCACCGCAUAGGUUCCGCCCUGGUCACGGACACCCGCAUCACCAACCCGAGCACAUGAGCCAUGGCCACCAUCACCACGAGCACAUGCAUGUGUUUGCCCGCCGCGCGUUCUUCACCAUCUUCAUCCCCAUUGUCGUGGGCAUCUUCGCUGGAACCGUCACCUACCUGGUCGGUAUGGUUCUCGGCACGAUGAUUGCGAUUCUCAUCGCGAGGAUCCGGGGCCAGGAGUACCAGCCCAUCGCUCUCGGCGAGGAGGAUGUGGAAGAAGGUCGUGUCGAGGAAGAAACGGAUGUGAAGACCGAGAAGCAGGACUACGCCGAAUUGCCGGCGUACGACGCUCCUCCAGUUUACGAGGAAGCGACUGGCGAGGAGGUUGACGAGUCGAAGUAGAUGAACACGGGGGAUAUGGUGGGCGGGGUCGGAUGAUUCAGGCCCUGCACGCCUCUUGUCUGGAUAGCUACAGCAGCUUUGGAAGUAGAUAGUAUGCAUUCUAGAAGUCAUCAUACGCGACAAUGAUUUCAUUAGUGUUUAAGCAAAUAUUGAUAUGAGUUUUCCGACUA